CAUCUAGUCCUUGUUGUGGCUGCAAAUUGGCCGACUCUCCCAGCCAAACCUUCCCUGUCAACUCUACUCAAGCCUCGCUUUUGAACUAUUUAACUCAUCUCAAGAUCUAGGACAAAACAGAGAGUGAAUUCCUGUAAAUCUUUUGGUUCAUUUACUAGACAAUUUUCUUUUAAAGUUGUAGGAACGUAUUUCUAUCCAUAGGGACUUGAGUUUAGUUCGAACUCGCUCUCUCUUGUUUCCUGUUCAAGUUAGAAGGCAACCAUAAAUUAAUAUCAUCUGUUCAUCUAUCAAAAUCAAGCGUAAUCUCAGUGUCUGGAAAAGUAUGGCUGAUAAUCUUUUUCCUACCAAAAUAGAAUCAAAAUCAAAAUCUGUCCAAGAGUUGGUCAUGAAGAACGAAGAACCUCCUGGAAAUUAUUUCUAUGAAGAUGGUGUUAAUGGAGUCCUAGACAGUUCUCUUCCAGUGUUGGAGAUGCCAGUUAUUGAUAUAAGCCGCCUCACAUCUCCGUCAACAAGCAGAGAGGAAGUUGAAAAACUCCACUCAGCUCUCAUCUCAUGUGGCUGCUUUAUGUCAAUAAAUCAUGGAAUCACUGCUGUAUUCUUGGACCAAGUACGUUCAGUUACUGCGCAGUUCUUUGCACUUCCAAUGGAAGAGAAGUUGAAGUUCUCCAGAGCAGUUGAUAGCGCAGAAGGUUAUGGAAAUGACAUGAUCCUUUCAGAAGAUCAAAUACUUGAUUGGACAGACAGAUUAUAUCUUAUACUAAGCCCAGAAGAUCAGCGACAGUUCAAAUUUUGGCCUGAAAAACCUGAAAUUUUUAGGGAAAUUUUGCAAGAAUAUACCACAAAGUUAAAGGUGAUAGUUGAAGUUGUUCUCAAAGCCAUGGCAAGGUCAUUAAACUUGGAAGACAACUGCUUUCUGGACAUGUACGGAGAAAGGGCAUUGAUGCAGGCCAGAUUCAACUUAUUUCCUCCCUGUCCGAGGCCUGAUCGAUCUCUUGGCCUGAAACCACACUCAGAUGGAUCAGCAAUCACCAUCGUCCUACAAGACAAAGAAGUCGAAGGGCUUCAGUUCCUUAAAGAUGAUCAAUGGUUUAGAGUUCCUAUCCAGCUUCCUCAUGCUCUUCUUAUUAAUGUUGGUGAUCAAUCAGAGGUAAUGAGCAAUGGGUUUUUCAAGAGCCCAGUCCACAGAGUAGUGACAAAUUCAGAAAGGGAGAGGACUUCCGUGGCUGUGUUCUGUUCUCCAGACCCGGACAACGACAUUGAACCUGUGGAUGGGGCAGUCAGUGAGACGAGGCCGAGAUUAUACAAGAAGGUGCAAGAUUAUGGCAGCAAGUACUUUCAGUACUAUCAGGAAGGGAAGAGGGCGAUAGAAGCAGUGAAAAUUUAAUUUAUGCUUACGUUUAAUUUAGCUUUCAAGUACUGUUGCAUUGCGCAUUGCUGCGGUUCUAACUUUCCUAGGACGAGAUUCUUAUCUGCCUUGCAUUUGUCAGUUCUCAGUUUUCAGGGUCACCAUUAAGUUCUUUCAUAAAAUGCUCAAUUUGCUGGCCACAAA